AUGAAGGGUUGGAAAAAGAUAGGUCCGCCGGGCCACGCAAAGUUUACAGAUGGAACAAAAUGCCACCGAUUCGGCAUCAUUCAAACAAAGUGUGAGGCCACGGACUCUGAAGGAACCUCCAAGGGGAGCAGUCUGCUCCUCCACGCUGUCAACAUCAUAGAUGAGGACGUCAUCCUAGGUCUCCCGUGGUUGAGAGAAAACAAUCCUCUCAUCGACUGGGUCACUCAGGCGUGGCGGUACCGCCUCACCGACGAAGAGGCAGCUAUAGAGGAACCCGAAGAGUUCCAUCGGAAGAAUCUCGAGGAUAAGAUUGAGUCGAUAUACUGUGUAGCAGGUGACUUGGACUUGGAGGCAGGCGGAGAAGCCGCCACCCUCACUGCCAGAUUAGCAGUGAUGUCUGCCACUGAAGGCGGACGAACGCAACGUCUCUUCACAGAUUACAAGGACGUUUUUUCAGAAAAGGAAGCAGCGAAGUUUCCUGAUACCAAAGUGCGACAUAAGAUCCAUCUUGAAGAGGGCGCGACAGCGCCGUACGGACCCCUUUACAAUUUGUCAGUAAAGGAAUUGGACGUUCUGCGCAAAUAUCUUGAAGAAGCGCAGUCAAAGAACUGGAUACGCCCAUCGAAGAGUCCAGCGGGGGCACCUAUACUAUUCGUGCCCAAGAAGGACGCUUUUCGUACCAAGUACGGCAAUUUUGAAUAUCUCGUUUUGCCUUUUGGUCUUUGCAACGCUCCGGCCACCUUCCAGGCCUACAUAAAUGAGGCGCUGCGGGGCCUUGUCGAUGUCUCCUGCAUAGGCUUUAUGGCGAACACUGAGAAAUGCUCGUUCUACACACAGGAGAUUGAUUUCUUAGGUUAUAUUGUUGGGGUUGAUGGCAUUUCAAUGGACAGGAGCCGGGUCUCCGCCAUCGAGGACUGGCCGGCGCCGCGCACGUACCGCGAGGUGCAGGUAUUCCUAGGGUUCGCGAAUUUCUAUAGACGGUUCAUCUAUGCGUAUUCGCGGAUUGCUGCCCCCCUUACAGAUUUGUUAAAGGGAAGUGUUAAAGGCAGGAAAACGGGACCGUUUAUCCUUACCCAAGACGCUGUGAGGGCGUUUGAAGAAUUGAAGCAAGCUUUUGCAGAUGCCACGAUGUUAAAUCACUUCGACCCCGGCCCUACCCAGUCAGAGAAGGCUUUUUCACAGAACCUACAAGGCGCCGUGAAUGGAGACCAGUGGCCUUCUUCUCCAAGAAGCUAUCGCUCACGCAAAGAAGGUUGCAAGUAUCCGGUGCAAGUUCUCACCGACCAUGCAAAUUUGCGUUACUUCUUGACAACAAAGAGCUUGACAGGACGUCAAGCCAGGUGGGCGGAGCUGCUUUCGGAGUAUGAUUUCUUUAUCCGAUACCGUCCAGGUCGGCUUAACCCCGCCGAUGCGCCAUCAAGGCGACCCGAUUAUGAUAUCGUUGAUGGGGAUGAGGAUCCUACAAAGGGACCUCUACCAUCACUGCAGAAGAAACUGGCUGCAGGGGGUUGGGGUUCUCUAAAGCUUGGGAACGGCGCCGGUAAGGCAGCUGCGCGACCCUAUACAGGUGGAGGAGAACUCGGGUCCCCGCAGGGGACUGGCACUGAAGGUCAUGAACUUCUCGUGCCACGUUUUGCUGCCAUUGAAUUGGCGGAAGACGAAACGGUCUACAACCUUCCAACCCAACGGCUUCUAGAAUUCAUUGGUGAGUUGCAGCAGGGGGACGCCCUUACUGCGGCUCGAAUCCAGAAGUUGAAGGAGGAAGGAUCCGGGUCGAACUUGGAAGGGGCAAGCCCUGAGCGGGGCGGUGCCGCCGAGGAACCAAGUCGCUGGCAACUAGGGGAAUGUGGACUCCUACUGCUAAAUGGUUCAGUCUUUGUCCCUCGUAGCAGGGCGGUGCGCCAGGAGUUAUUGAGGAUUCAUCACGAUGAUCCCCAUGCUGGGCACUUCGGAUUAGAGAAGACUGAAGAGCUCCUGAGACAUGUCAAGGAGUAUGUUGAAACUUGUGAUGUCUGCCAGAGGAUAAAGGUUCCGCGGCACAAGCAAUAUGGCGAGUUGGCGCCACUGCCUGUUCCAAAGGGCCCAUGGCAGGAUCUAUCGAUGGAUUUCAUAGUUGACCUGCCGAAGUCGACAAGAGUCAAAGGAUAUGACUCAAUUCUAGUUAUUGUCGACCGCUUUACGAAGAUGGCCAAAUAUAUCCCUACCCACAAGAAGGUUAAAGCCCCUGAAUUGGCUGACCUGUUUCUAGAUGCCAUCAUUCGUGAUCACGGUUCUCCGAAAUCGUUAGUGUCAGACCGAGGAUCCCUUUUCACCAGUAAAUACUGGUCGGCCUUUUGCUAUCACCUUACGAUAAGGCGCCUCCUCAGCACCGCGUUCCAUCCUCAGACAGAUGGCCAGACUGAACGUCAGAAUCAGACAUUAGAACACCAUCUUCGGGCGUUCUGUUCAUAUCAUCAGAAUGACUGGCCUAGACACCUUCCGACCGCCGAAUUCGCAUAUAACAAUGCAAAGAAUGCAACCUUAAAAGUGUCCCCCUUUUAUGCUUGUUAUGGGUAUAAUCCUUCAUUACCUAGUGACGUCGCGGACGACGUCCUAAAGGGGGGGAUAGACAGUCGGAAUGUCGAACGGGAUCGUGGGACAGAGUACCCCUCGGUGCCAGAAGUAAAAGCUAGAUUGGAGCUUCUGGAUAGAAUCCACGGGGAGGCGGCGAAAAGCAUCCGCCGCGCCCAGGAGCGACAGGCGGAAUACUAUAAUCGAAAACACCUUCCAAUGAAGUUCUCAAUAGGGGAUCAAGUGUUACUUUCAGCAAAGAACAUCAAGACGACGAGACCGUGCAAGAAGCUCAGUGAGCGAUGGUUGGGACCUUUCCCGAUAAUAAGGGUAGUGGGUAAGCAGGCAUAUGAGUUGAAACUAACCUCAGGAUUCAAAUCUAUCCAUCCUGUCUUCCACAUUUCCUAUUUGGAACCCUAUAAGCAACGACCCGGGGCGGAGCCGCCUCGGCCGGAUGGCGUCGAGAUUGAGGGUAAUACCGAAUAUCUUGUAGAAGGAAUAUUGGACAAACGAAUGCACUACAACAAAGUUCAAUACCUUGUCAAAUGGGAAGGUUAUCCAUCAUCCGAGAACUCAUGGGAACCGCUUGAGCAUUUAGAGAAUGCCGAGGAAGAGAUCGCAAAAUAUGAGGUGGCUAGUAGAGACCGCCCCGCUGCACGUCGGAGGUGUGGUUAG